UAUACAUCAAGCUCUUCUGGAGGAGAAAGCUCUUGUGAAGAAGGGAGAAUGCGGAGGCCGACCCAGCUAAGACCUUUCCAUUCUCGGAAUGCCGUUGAUCCAGACUUCCCCAUUCUUCACCUGUCCAGUGAUCCAGAUUAUUCUUCUAGCAGUGAACAGUCAUGUGAUACUGUCAUUUAUGUUGGCCCUAAUGGCACCGCUCUAUCAGACAAAGAGCUGACAGAUAAUGAAGGUCCCCCUGAUUUUGUCCCUAUCGUUCCUGCCCUUCAGAAGACCAGAAAUGAAAGCAAGCUGGAGGAAUUGAGCGAAACAGCCCCCAGUAGCUCUGAAAGAGACUGCUUGAAGUGCAAUACAUUUGCGGAGCUCCAGGAGAGGUUAGACUGCAUUGAUGGCAGUGAGGAGAUAGACCAUUUUCCUUUUGAGGAGUUGCCUGUUCAGUUUAGUUCAGACCAAGCAACCAAAUGCCCUUUGUCAAGCCAAGUGCCAGAAUUCAAGAAUGCAUUAGAGACAGAGAGGGAAGAAGGCUUCCAAGAGCCUGAUAAAGACUUGACGGAAAACCUAAACACAACGUCCAACAGAGUUCAGGGAGGCCACUCGCCUGUUCACACUGGGAUGGUUAAUGAAGUUUCUACUCCUCCUUCUCCCAGGAGUGUAACAGGCAGCCCUAGUAGCCAGAUGAACUCUUCCCAGCAGUCUCAGUGCACAGACCUGCAAAGCAGCCGUGAAAGUCUUAACUCCUGUGGCUUUGUAGAAACCAAACCUCGGUCCAUGGGUUCCCCACGGCUUGGCAUUGCAAGCCUUUCCAAGACAUCUGAAUAUAAGCCACCCACAUCUCCUUCUCAGAGGUGCAAAGUUUACACCCAGAAGGGGGUAUUGCCCAAUCCUGCACCUCCACCAUCAUCACUUAGCAAAGAUUCAGGGAUGGUGUCUAGUGAGUCACUGAUGCAGCCAGAUAUUCGCACUCCUCCCAUUGGAAUGAGCCCUCAGCUCAUGAAAAAGUCACUAUCUUCCAGCAGUGGGGACUAUGGAGAGACAAUGGAUAGUGUAGAGCAGCAACAACAGUCUUUUUCGCCAGAGACA